AUGACAUCCACAAACGCGCUCAUUUGCUUCACUAAUUGCUUACUUCCGCAGGAAGAUGGGAGCUUGGUGGCCCGAGACUUGUGGAUUGACGAAGCAAGCGGCACCAUCCUCAAUGCUCAGGAAACGUUUUAUAUGCGUAGAGAGCGCCCAGACAGAAUCAUUGACGUUGGCGGAAACAUCCUGAGUCCUGGCUUUUUAGAUAUUCAAAUCAAUGGCGCUUAUAAUUUCGACUUCUCUGUAUAUGAAAACGAUGACGAGAAAUACCGUCAGGGUAUGAAGAUGAUUGCCGAAAGGAUUGUAGAAACUGGAGUCACUUCGUAUGUCUAUUUGCUUUCAACUCAAGAGAAAUCGAUAUACCCAAAGCUACUGAGUUUACUAAAACCAUUUUCUACACAAACAUCCGCAACCCUCUUGGGAUGGCAUGCAGAAGGCCCAUUUAUUGAUCUCACAAAACGAGGAGCUCACGCUCCCGCGUACCUUUUACCAGCAGUAGAUGGAUUUAAAUCUUUCGAAGACGUUUAUGGCGCUGAAAAUCUUGUUGACGGAGGGGAAUGGGUCAAACCAAACAAUGAUCCUGCUGUUCGGCUGAUCACCGCUGCACCUGAAAUUCCCGGUGUAAUGACAGCAUUGGACGAAUUUAACAAGAGGGGUAUUGCGUUCUCCAUAGGACACAGUGUUGCGACAACAGAAAUUGCCACAGCGGCCGUGCAGCAUGGUGCACGAUUAAUUACACAUCUCUUCAAUGCAAUGCCCCAGCUACACCAUCGAGACCCCUCUAUCAUCGGUUUGUUAGGAGCAUCUCCGCAUCUUUCGUCUCCAACUCCACUGGCUCCUCAACUUCCAUGCGCGUUGCCAGAGUCGAUCCCUUCCUUUGAACUUCCCGGCGCCCAAGUCAUCGAAAGUCCUACUGAAAAGGAAGAAUCUGCCUUCCAGACAUCCUCAGAAGCAUUCGAUGACUCAGGAAUAAUUACUCCUAAGAGGGAGGGUACCAUUCUCAACGGACACGCACCGUCGUCCAAGCAGCCGUUCAAGAAACAGAGCAGGCCGAGCCUCCAUCUAGAUAAAGGCCAAAUUGCAGACAUGGCUUUUGAGCGUCCAUACUACGGUCUCAUCGUCGAUGGAAUACAUUGUCAUCCUAAUUCAGUCCGGCUGGCGUACUCUUCGUAUCCUGAGGGCUGCAUCUUAAUCACAGACGCCAUGAAAAUUCUUGAUCCAAAUCUCAAGGAUGGUAUCCAUGAGUGGCGUGAUGGGAAAAGAUUUUUGAAAGAUGGUGCAAAACUAUUCAUUGAGGGAACGACUACUCUCGCCGGAAGCGUGGUUACAUUAGACCACUGCGUCAGAAAUUUAUCUCGGUUUACUGGUUGCUCUUUAGGGGAGGCUAUCAAAUGCGCGACUUACAAUCCAGCCAGAUGUUUAGGCAUUGAAAACAAGAAAGGGACUCUACGCCCGGGAGCUCAUGCUGAUCUCAUCAUACUAGAUAGGCAAGGUAUUGUUCUUAGUACCUGGGUGAAGGGUGUCAAGCAUCCAAUCAUAGUCACGGCUUCGCGCGUGGCACGCGGCGCGUCUCAAAAUGAGUCACGCGGAGCGCCGAGUCAUGACCGUUCUGCGGUAACAGUGAUUACGCGCGCAGUUGCGCGCUUGUCCGUUACCGUCCUAACUAGCCAGCACUUUAACAAGUUGAAAGCUGAACCUUUGGGACAAAUGCGAAGCCCAAUUCCUUCCUUCCGCAUAUCGGCCAAGGAUUCUGAGCCAAUCGCCCCAGAUUUGCCUCCGGAACUAUUGUCCUAUGUCUUUCAACUCGCACAACCGUGCCAGUACACGCAUAACAAAGUUCCUCGAAUAGAAAUUACUGUCAGCCACGUCUGCGGCUACUGGAGAGCAGUCGCUCUGACGGAACCUCGUCUGUGGAAUCAUAUCAGUAUUCACUCGAAUCGGUCGUUGAAGAGAAUUCCAACAUACCUGGAAAGAUCUGGCCCCACACUUCUCCUAGACAUCGAUGUUGAUGUCUACCAUUAUGACAAAACCCUGUUGGCGAUUGACGCGAUCCCAAAGGCAACUUUGUUCCAAAAAGCUGUUGGGGCGUAUAUACUUCAAAAUAUCCAUCGAAUUCGGAGACUCUCAUGCAUUUGUUACAGCAAACAGACUCUCAUCAAUAUCAUGCGCCCGAUUUCGAAGUCGACAGCCCCCGGUAUUCAGAGCCUUGUGAUGAAAUACGACAUCUGCUCAGACGAAGGCAAUCACAUUCAGAACAAUCGAAGUACACCUGUGUUAAACGGAGGUGCCCCUCGUCUAUGGUAUUUGGAGUCGGAUAUGAUUGACACUCGAUCAAAUCUGGAUUCACUUCGAAAUUUAACCACACUUGACCUGCACAUAGUCGCAGGCACGACUCGACACACUUACGAUUCUUUCGUCGAGAUGCUCAAAGCCCCGCGCGCACUCCAAUACUUAUCCAUCGAAGGCAACAUUAAUAUGAAUACUUGGCCGUUACAUACUGGUGGCCCACAGUUUGUACUGAAAAAAUUAACAGGUCUUCGGUUAAUUAGCCUCGGAAUAGUUGCUGCAAAAUUUUUGCUCUCUGUAUCCGCUCCUCAACUCAAAUCACUGUGGCUGGACACCAACUCGGACAAUUUCCACUUUCUUUUCGACGCCCCACAGAUGGUUGUCACCGACGGACGUUCAAAAUUCCCGGCGCUCAAAUAUUUGACAACACUCAGCGGCAGUCUCGCUGAUUGUGUAAAGUUCUCUGAGAUCUUCCCCACUGUCACACACCUCCAUCUCGCACGCCCAUUUUUCUCAGCGGUGAAUACGUUACAGAAGGCCCUGGAAGAUGGCUGGGCAUCCAUGGAUACCCUCGUCUUCACAAUGUUCAGAGAGUCGCGUAGCGCCAGGGACAGACUUUAUGGCAUCCUUCAUGCCAUUCUGGUUCAUCGUCGCACUCAUGGACGUCCAAUCAGAAGGUUUCUGCUUGACCGGGACCAUUUUCAAGAUAUGAUGACAAAUUUUCCUACUAUCUCUGCAAAUGUAGAAGCACAUGUCAUCGAAAGUACAAAUUACGACGAAGUUUGGUGGAACAAGGCUGACAAGCAAGAACUAUGA